AAAUGUAUUUUUUUUAGAAAAUUUAUUUAUGCAUUGUUUAUUUACAUAAAAUUGGAAUUAUAAUUUGAAUGUGUUUGAAAAAUACACUACUGAAAAGAAAAUGACAAAUCUCACCUCGGAAGAUCUUGAAGAAAGGGUGAAUUCAAUAGCUUUCAGGCAUUUCGGUAUAGCAAUUGGAUUUUGGACCAUUUUUAUUGGUUCGUUUGGUAACAUGUUGACCAUAUUAACAUAUGUUGCAAACAAGAAACUUCGAACGUCUUUCAAUGCUUUCCUUCUUAAUCUCGCUGUGAUUGAUUUUUAUACAUCGACUUGUAUGAUUCCUUUCAAUGUGGCUGGAUACAUUCAAAUGGAAUGGCCAUUUGGAAACGAUUCGUUCACAGCCCGACUGCAAGCAUUCAACUAUUUCUGUUGUGGAUAUACGUCAGUUGUAUUUCUGGUUGCUAUCACAGCGAAUAGGUUUAUCGGUGCAAUUUUUCCAGGAAAAUACAAGAUUUGGUUCAGUAAAGAAAGAAUGAUUUGGAUACUGAUAGUCUGCAACAUAUGUGCCCCAGCCUUUUUACUUCCUUUCCUGGUUGGCACUCAUUCCACUUGCAAUGCACCUCUCUACGGUUUAACUGGUUACAACACAAAGCAAUUUUUAUGUACUUUCAUCUGUCUACCACCGAAUACAGGGUGGGGCCCGUAUAUGCAGUUCACGCGGGUUUUAUUUCAAUUUGUGCCAUUGAUUGGAAUGAUUCUGAUGUAUGCUGUCAUUUUCACAUUCGUACACAAAAGACGAAAUAAACUCACUAACAAGAUGGGAACUAUGAAUAAUGCCACCAUAAAAGGCAAGGAAGGCAGAAGCAUUGUUGGAAAGCCGGCAUUGAACAAAACAAAGAGUCAACGUUCUAUACAAGCUAAAAGGCGAAGUAAAGAAGACAGUCGAAUGUUGGUGAUAAGUGUUGUCAUCUGUGUUGCAUUCAUGAUAACAUUUUUGCCGAGUGUGAUUGUUAACCUACUGCCAAACAGACGUGAAAUUGAUGUGAGAUGGCAUAUGGCAGCAUCCAACAUGUCCUGGUUCAAUAGUUCCCUAAACCCCAUAAUAUAUGUGAUAUUGAACAGGCGAUUUCGACGAGAAUACUGGAGAAUCAUUCAAAUCGCUAUUGGAAGAGUCAGAGAGAAAUUCGUUCACGACUCUUCCUCUACGAUCCCGACUCCGUCAAGCAUUCCGCGAAACUCUAGUGCAGGAAAUGUAUCUGAAUCAUUGAGAGUUGCCAACAAAAUUUAAAAAAGAGAGCUAUGCUCAUCAAUACCAACUGAUCCGAGUCACUUCUGUAAUACCAGAUCAUGUCCCACAGCCUA